CAAUACUUUUCCUCUUCUUCCGGCCAAAGACCCACAGAAGUAGUCUCUCUCUCCUCCGACUCCGUUUACUAGAUCAGCCUUCCUUCUUCUCGCACCGGAAUCUCAAGACAACAUGGCCUCCUUCGAUGGUCCAGGGUUUAUGAUGGUAGACAAUUCUUGGAUCCAGACCAAAGCCAUUGAUGUUGGAUCAUCUACCGAUAUCUCUCCUUACCUUUCCAAGAUCCUUGAAGAUUCCGUCUGGAAUGGAAACCGGUCCAUUAUAUUUGAUGUCUACUGGGAUGUUGAAUCUUCUGUUGACACAAAGUCCCGAUGGCGCCUAUGCUCGGUGAAGUUUAGCACGAAAAACUUCUGUCUCUUCCUCCGCCUCCCAAGCUCGUUUGGCGAUAAUCUCAAGGAUCUUUACCGCUUCUUUGCUUCCAAAUUUGUCACAUUUGUCGGGGUCCAGAUUCAAGAAGACCUCGCUUUGCUUAAAGAAAACCAUGGUAUUGUGAUCCGAAGCUCUUUGGAGAUUGGGAAACUAGCUGCCGUAGCCCGAGGAACUCCCAUUGUUGAAUUCCUUGGAACCAGGGAAUUAGCUCACAAGAUUCUUUGGUAUGACAUGAGUCGGCUCGAUUCGAUCCAGUCCAAGUGGGAUGAAGCAGGGGCUAAUGAUCGUCUUGAAGCUGCAGCCAUUGAAGGUUGGCUUAUCUUCAAUGUCUACGAUCAGUUGCAGCAGUGAUCUUUUGGGGGAAAUGUUCUUCACGUAAUUUAUGUUAAUCUUCUUGAUCAAUUGCAUUUGUGAGAUUACGCUUGACCAUUACAGUUUUGCAUUUUGAUCUGUUUGUUGUUGCUAUGAGUGAACAAUACUGUCUGAAUAAAACCAUAUCCGGCUUGUUUUUU